UUGUGAUGUCACACCUGCACAAGAUAGGUCUCACUGUGAUGUUCUAGAACUCCUUAUUGAAGCUCCCUACAAGCAAGCAUCAUUUUUAAUAGGCCUGCUGCCGUCUUAUUGGCAUGGUUUGACUAAUAGCAGAAAUGGCUACAGCUGAAAAAAACCACCUGAGUGAGAAGAGAGAAUUGGACCUGGACCUUCCUGCUGCACAGACUCAGCAGCUUUCACCUAAAGAUGAAAUGGUUCAUUCUGCAAUCCCAAUUUCAUCUACUCCAUUGCAUGAUAAAACAGCAGCUGGUGACUCAACCUUGAGGUCCGUGAUAGAAGAAAAUGCCUUUCAAGUUUUGAGUGAUGGACCCUGGGCAAAAAGACCCCGGCUUGCUCUCUGUGAUGAUGGUUCUCUUGAAGACAAUGAUUUUCUGUCCCUUACCUUCCCAAAGAAACUGUGGAAAAUUGUUGAAAGUGAUCAGUUUAAAUCACUGUGGUGGGAUGAGGAUGGGAAUUGUGUAGUGAUUGACGAAGAACUUUUUAAAAAGGAGGUCCUGGAAAGGAAAGGACCAUUGCGCAUCUUUGAAACUGACUGCAUGAAAAGCUUCAUUCGACAGCUCAAUCUCUAUGGCUUUAGCAAGAUGAGACAGAAUUUCCAAAGGUCUGCCUCCCUUGUUGAAUUUUUAGCGGAAGAAAAAGCCGCUUAUGCAUUUAGCAAGUUACAGUUCUACCAUAACCCCAAUUUUAAAAGAGGUUGUCCUCACCUCCUUGCAAGAUGCAAGAGAAGAGUUGGUAUCAAAAAUACACCACCUGUUGCUUUCUCGUUUGAUGAAGACUACAGUGAAAGCUUCUUGAAGAGCAGCUCCAGAAGCCCAGAAGGUCAAACUAAUCUGGGACCUGCUUCUAGGGAAAACGGCUUCCUUGCAAAGGACAAAAUGCACAAAUCCGGACUCCGGAAACCUCCCAUGACCAAGGGCCUUGCUGGAGCAGCAGCCCGGCUGAGGAGUGGAUAUGCUGCUUCCCCUCCAACCCCUCUGAGGGCCUCUGAACGGGGGGCCCCUGAGGACAAUGAGAACAAAAUAAACCAGCUGGCUCCUUUCCAUGUACCCCAGCACUCCAACCAUGCUCGAGUCAACACACACGAGAUAGAUUCGACCACCACCACAUCUGCUACCUCUUUGUAUCAUGUCAUACCCCCCGUACCCAACAACCCCUUUGCACCAGUGAUGGGGCUGCCAGCUUUCCCAAACAUAUACCCAGACUUAUCAGCCAUGCAGGCUCAUUGGGCCAGUUUACUCCCGUUUUGUAAUCCAUGGUUCUCUAUGCCUAUGAUAGCAGCCGCUUCUGCCAUUUCCAUGUCAAGAUCCUCCCAUCAUCAUCGAACUCCUGCGUAUCAUCAUUGCCCUAAUUGCAACUGUACUUCAAACGCCACACCUGCUUCCAAAGGGGUUGGACCCAAAGCAGCGGAAUAUACUGGGUAUCAUCGAUGAAGCAAAGGGCAGACUGGGAAAAUACGCCCCUUUUUGAAAAUAGGGAAAUUCACCAUGGCAUGGACGGAAGAAUAAAUGUCUUUCUUUCCCUUCUUCCUGUCUUGUUUACCUAGGUUAACUUCUGUAUUUCUUUUAUCAUGGAUGGAUUAGAAGUAACUUGUUUUCUUUUAUGGUUUUGUUGUGAAAAAUAUAGAUUUAAGGAGAAAAACUGUAGGAUAGUAGUUGGAUUUGGGUUGUCCAUUUUCUGCUGUUGCUGGAGAUAAAAAUUGCAGUCCACAAACAACUUACCUUACCGUUCUGUGUGUCUUGCAGCUAAGGAAAUAUUCUGAAGUGGAUUGCAGCUAGAAGUGCUUGAUGAGUUGGACUGGACAAUCCAUGUAAAAUAUGCACACAUCUUAUGUGUUUUAUGAUGGCAUGAGGAAAGAAAAUGUGUGGCCAAGACAGUUUUAUGAACUAGCUUGAAGAUUAAAAAUCUGAGAGUAACAUGGUUAGGAAAGAAAAGGCUUUGCCAACAAUACUUACGCAAGCUUUGUUUGG